AUGAGUAAUCCUAAUCAAAAUAAAUGGAGAGGUGGCGGACAUUGGAAAAAAUAUAAAAGUAAAAAUAAUCAACAAAAAAAUACUAAAAAUAAUGAACCAAAUGUGAAUAUUAUUAAUGAAUAUUUUCAAGAAUGUCCAUUUCACGGAUGGCAGCUUUAUUUUCCAAAUGAAAAAUAUGAUGAAAAUAGUAUAGCCGUAAAAUGUAUUUUGGCUAGUAUAUCAUUUUUAAACACUCAUGAACAAAAUAUUUCUAUCGAACAACUUGUAGAAAAUAAAUCAUAUCUUUUAAAUGUAGAGUCUUUAAACCAAGAUGAAGAUUUCACCACAGUCUGGUCACAAUUUUGGGAUGAUUUAACAAACCGCCCAAAUUACACAUUGCAGUGUUUAGGACUUGCUAUUCAUCAGUAUGCAUUAGAAGAAUUAAAUAAAAAUAUUCAUGAUGACUGUUCUAAGUUUAAAAAUUUGCCAAUUGUUCAUCCUAGAAUUAUAAAUUUUGGUCCAAUUUUUCAUUUGAAAAAUUUAAGAGCUGAUACAGAUGGAAAACUAAUUUUAGUUCAUGGAACUGUAAUAAAAGCCAGCAGUUUGAAAUUUCAAUGUUUGUGGUUGGGAUUUUCGUGUAAUACCUGUGGCUCAGUUCAAAAUAUCAAACAACCUGAGGGUAUAUUUUUAAAACCAAAGCAAUGCAGCAAUGCUGCAUGCCGUAUCCGUUCAUUUUCUGUUUGUAGAAAUUCACCACUUACUCAAACUAUUAACUGUCAAACUAUUAGAGUUCAAGAAUUACAAAGCGAUGACCAGAGAGAGAGUGGUAGAGUACCCAGAACUGUUGAAUGUGAACUUACAAAUGAUUUGGUUUAUUCUUGUAUCCCUGGAGAUGUUGUUACUGUAACUGGUAUUGUGAAAAAGAAAUCAUGUAAUACUGGUAAACAAAAUGCUCAAAGUAAAGAAUCUAACAUUUUUAUGCAAUAUGUUGAAGUAAUAUCCAUACAAAACAGUAAAAACCAGUCUAAAGGAAAGGUAACUAGUACUACAUUUCAAUUUACAAUGAGAGAUUAUUACUGUAUCCAAAAACUCCAUUCAAAACCAUAUCUCUUUGAACUUAUGGUAAAUUCAUUAUGUCCAGGGAUUUAUGGUCAUGAAAUGGUAAAAGCUGGUAUGUUGCUUUCACUAUUUGGAGGAAGUACCUGUAAUUUAAAUCAAACACGUGGAGAUAUUCAUAUUUUAGUCAUUGGUGAUCCUGGUCUUGGAAAAUCACAAAUGCUUCAAUCUGUGUGCAACAUUUCACCACGGGGUGUGUUUGUUUGUGGAAGUACAUGUUCAUCAGCAGGAUUAACAGUUAGUAUGACUCGAGAGAAAGGUAUUGAUUUUUCUUUAGAAGCUGGAGCUGUUGUUUUAGCUGAUCAAGGUGUGUGUUGUAUUGAUGAAUUCGAUAAAAUGACUCAAGAUCAUAAUACAUUACUAGAAGCUAUGGAACAACAAACAAUAAGCAUUGCAAAAGGCGGAGUUAUUUGUUCUUUACCUUGUCGUACUACUAUAAUGGCAGCUGCAAAUCCUAUUGGUGGACACUAUGACCGAGAUAAAAGUGUAUUAGAUAAUUUGAAAAUGAGUCAAGCAAUGUUAUCUCGUUUUGAUUUAAUUUUUCUACUUAUAGACACACCAGAUGAGGUGACUGAUAGACAUCUUACUGAACAUGUGCUUAAUAUACAUACAAAUAAGGUGAAUCAAACCCAGAAUAUAAACAAUACUUGUGAAAUUCAAAGUUCACUGAAAGAGCGAUUAUCACAAUUUAGUAAAAAUAGUAGUGACUAUAUUUCUCAAGCAGAAUUACGUAAAUAUAUUGCAUAUGCGAGAAAAUAUGUUUCGUCUCCAACUCUGUCGAAUGAAGCCAAAGAAAUGUUACAACAGUUUUUUAUUGAACUACGUACUAACAAUUUAAGCUAUGGUAUUCCAAUAACGGUAAGACAAUUAGAGUCAUGUAUUAGACUUGCACAAGCACGUGCUAAAGUAGAACUUCGAGAAGAAGUGACUGCAAAAGAUGCAUAUGAAAUAAUUGAACUGCUUAAUUUUAGUCUUGUAAAAACUCAAUGGGAUGAAUUUAGCGGAUUUGGAUUCAAGAAAAGUGUAAAAAAAACGGGGAUUCGAGCACAAUCACGGAAAUUAUUAGCUGAGUUGCAAAGACAUGGUAAAACAGAACGAAUGUUUAGUAUAGAUCAAAUGAAGUUAUUUUCGAAACAGUUAAGCAUCGCCACUUUAGAUUUCUACAACAUUGUAGACUUAUUAAACAAUGAAGCAAUUAUUAUUAAAAAAGGAAACAAUAUGUAUGAGUUAAAAGUUUAA